GCUGCUCGCACUGAUGAGCCCUGUGGGGACCUAUGAGGGUGACAGAGAGGCCAGCGAUGUCUACAUGUCCAUUCUGUCGCCUGUCGGCUACAAGUCUUCAUCUCAUUGCGGCUACUGUGGCAGCGAGGACGGCAAAAACUGCAGCAGAUCAUAUGGAAUAUGGGCACACACCCUAUCGCCUUGGCUGUAUCAGGAUCUUUGCGACAGAGGCUGGCGCCGAAGCGGGUCAUACGUUUACAAGCCAGAUAUGGCACGGACUUGCUGCUUGCAAUAUACCAUCAGACUAGACGUUGGAGCCUUCACGCCGACAAAGUCACAGCGUCAGAUCCUCAAGCGAUUCAACAGCUUCGUCCGGCGUGGCGGCAAGGAGGGCAGCAAGGGUUUCGGACCACGUGACUUUGCCGCCCGGCCGGUCGCAAAGCAGCCGCCGAUGAGCAAGGACAAGCAAAAGGUGAACCCUUUCAACUUCGUCGACACGAUACAUGCUGCAGAGACAAGUGGUCAAGAUGGCCUGGCUCACGAGUUCACCGUCACAACCGAGCUCGCCUCUUUCACUGAAGAGAAGUUUGAGCUCUACAAUCGCUACCAGAUCAGCGUGCACGAUGAUGACGAGCGCUCACCGCAAGGUUUCAAGCGCUUCUUAUGUGACACACCUAUCAGACCUUGUGCGAGCGGUCAUUCUCAGCAGCAGUAUGGCUCAUAUCACCAGCUCUAUCGGCUCGACGAAAAGCUCAUCGGGCUCGCCGUACUCGAUGUGCUUCCAAGAAGCGUCUCGAGUGUAUACUUUAUCUGGGAUCCAGACUUUGCUGGCCUCAGUCUCGGCAAGGUAUCAGCAUUGCGGGAGAUUGCCUGGGUACGGCAACUUCGGGCAGCCGGCAUGUUGCACUGUCAAUACUACUACAUGGGCUAUUACAUCCAUACAUGCCCAAAAAUGCGUUAUAAAGCAGACUACGAGCCUUCGAGCUUGCUCGACCCUAGCACUUUGAACUGGUAUCACUAUACGCACUGUCGCUCAAUACUGGACCGCGACCCGCGUGCGGUGACUUUUGAAGACCAAGCGACUGCCUCUUUGUCUAGGAGCGCUGGCAUAGACGUCGACAGCGACGAUGAAGAGGACAUGCCCUCUGACCCUGUUCCUCCCGGCAUGCUCUCGCGGUCCGAAGCGCUUCAUCACCUCCCUGAUCUCGUUGUCUUUGACGGCGGACGUGGCAAAGUUCAUCGUCCCUUUGCGAUUGGCGGCAAGGCGCACCCUAGCACAUCAGAAGCAACCGACUUACUACAGAGUCUCGGGCCAAAGUUCGCGAUCGAUCGCAUUUGCGCGCUGCUCAGUUCUGCGUAAAAGGCCAAAGCGCAGGGCUCGUGCGCACCAUGUUUGCGCCCGAUCUCGCAGCUUCAUUCGCAACCGAUGCCGAGCAGAUGCUAUCAGGAGCUCGCUUUCGCAUUCGUAUUGUCAGCAGCCGGUCUGCUCAUCUGUGUCUUCUGGACAGUCCAAGAUGCAAAGUCCUACGAGCAGUCUGCGGACGUCUGGCAGACUGAUGCCGCAUUAGCUGUGCAGACGCUUCAUUUGUCGAAUUUGUCUGUUUAUCUGAUCGGAGCAGUUGUCGAAAGUCGCACAUUGACACAUGUGGCCGAAGUUCGAGCGUCGCAAUUCGUUCAAGUGCUCGUCUUUAUCGAAGAUACGCCCGCUCAACAUUCGGCACCGCCUACGCAAGGCACGCUAUCAGGACAUGCCGGCGAGCUUGUCUUCACCUGUGACGUACUAGAUGCGCGUAUACCAGCGA